AGUCAAGGGGGUUUUAGGAUCUGCUUUAAAGAAACUGAACGCAGCUCUCAGUGCCAGGGACCGUCGCACACGUGCAGUGGCUGGAGCAACAGUCCUGCAUGGUCUGAAUCAUUUCGAGACGACACCGACAAUAGAGCUGGAGGCUGCCAGUACCAAUGGAGAAUUGAAGCACAGGGGACCAUCAACCCGGAGAUGGAGUACCGUCUCUGUUUUAAAGAAACAGAAGGGAGCUCACAGUGCCAAGGAACCAGGAGCUCGUGCACUGGUUGGACCCCCAGUCCGUCCUGGACCGACCGCUUCCGAGAUGACACCGACAACAGAGGCGGCGGAUGUCGUUACGCUUGGAAGAUCGAGUCACGUUGUCCUAAGCCGAGGGAGUCCAUUCAGGUGUGUCGCGUAUGCUUUAAGGAAGUCGAGGGCAGCUCUCAGUGUCAGGGAAAUCGUCAAAGUUGCAGCGGAUGGAGCGCUCCGGGCAGUCCGAAUCCCUCGUGGACCCUGCCUUUCCGUGAUGAUACCGACAACCGUGGCGGAGGUUGCACUUACCAGUGGUUUCUCGAUUGUACCUCGGUGAAAACUUAUAUCUUCUGUCCAGGUGAUCGCCCAUGUGAUUGA